AUGGAUUUCAUUCAAGUGAAGCUACUACGUUGGUUUUAUGGAAGAAGAAAUGAAGCAGAAGGAACUUUUUAUGAUGUUUCUUGUUGGGUAGAGGAGAAAUUGAAGAAAAAGAUAGAUAUAGCAUUUACUUUGAAUGUCUUCCCUGUUGAUUCAUGGCGUUCUAGAGCUGAAGAAGAAGGAAUAACUUUCUUGGUGGACUUAAACAAAAGAACAUGUGGUUGUUUUCAGUUUCAAUUUGAUGAAUUACCAUGCAUACAUGCAAUUGCAGCUAUCGAGAAGAGAAACAUCAAGAAGUCCAACUUUUGCUCGUACUGGUACUUAAAGGAAUCUUGGCUGAAAACAUAUGAAAGACAAAUACAUCCUGUAGGACAUAUUGAUUCUUGGAUUGUACCAGAGAGUGUUAAGUCACAAAUUGUUAAACCUCCAGAUUUCAAAGUGCCACUAGGUAGAAGGCAGAAGAAAAGGCAUAUUCCAACUACCGAGUCAUCAAAAAUAACAUUCAAAUGUGGUCGUUGCAGAAGAAUUGGUCAUAAUAGAACAACUUGUAUAUAUUCUCCUGCAGUCCAUCCAUUUUCAAGAAAGCAUAGAGAAUAA